AUGAUCGCGUCGGGGACGGGGGGGGAGACGACGACGCGGGCGACGCGGGUGGUGACACCGAAAAAGGCGCGCGGGGGCGACGACGCGGCGGAAUCCGAGGCGGGCGCGGACGCGACGGGGGGGGCGAAGACGGCGCGGGCGGCGAAAUCGAAGAAGAGGACGACGACGAUCAAGGAGACGGCGGUGAAGGCGCCGAAGGAGCCGACGGAGACGGCGGUGAAGGCGCCGAAGGCGACGAAGCCGACGGCGGUGAAGAAGACGAAGGCGCCGAAGGAGCCGAAGGAGACGGCGCCGAAGGAGACGAAGCCGACGGCGGUGAAGGAGACGAAGGAGCCGAAGGAGACGGCGGCGCCGGCGAAGCGACGAACGGCGCCGGCAAACGCGAAGACGAACGGAGCCAAGGACGCGGUACCGCGCUCGCGAGGAGAAGCGAGCGCGAAAGAGCCGAGAGGGAAAGAGCCGCGAGCGAAGGCGCCGGCGUCGUCGGCACCGGCGUCGUCGGCACCCGCAACGGCGCCGCGGUCGAAGACGAAGCCGAUGGAGUUUGAAAAAACGCGCGACGCCUGGAACGACUGGGCGAGCGACCGACACGACCUCACUCGCUCGGUUUUGCCGCUGGAACAGUCCCUGGCGGCGUGGGCGCGCUCCGACGGCGGACGAGCUCUCGCCAUGGAGUUGUCCGAACCGUUGUCGUGCGGUAAUGAUCGCGUGCAAAUGAAGUUAGUGGAGGAAGAACAUACGGGCGAUCUUUACGUGGGAUUGAUGGUCGACGGGCAGGCGGCGUGUGACGACUUGGCCAUGGUGCGCGAUCUCAUGGAGGCGACGCUCGGCGAUUUGGCUCGCAUUCGUCGUCGCACAGCGGCGGCGAGCAUGCUGGAAAACGAGAGAUUGAAGAUCCAGGCUGAAAUCGAUGCCGGUUUGCGCUGCGAGUUCACCAUUGGAUACAACGCGAUGCAAGCGUUACUGCUGGACGGCGGUGAGAAGUUGAAAACGGUUCGCGAACAGUGCGACGUCGAUCGCGUCGUCGUCGAUCCUCGCAAGCGUACGAUUCGCAUCGUCGGUAGAAGCGCCUCGGAGGUCGCACGCGCGAGGGAUAUGCUCGAAAUCUCUAACGAGACCAUCGACGACGUCCCCGAACUCGCGCUGCGCAUGAUUAUUGGUAAAGGAGGCGCCAAGGUGAACGACAUUCAGCAACGAACCGGAGCGAACAUCUCCAUCGGCUGGGAGAAAAACGCCGUGUACAUUCGUGGAGCGCCCUCCGCGGUGAAGGCGGCUAAGAUUCUCGUCAAAUCGUGCAUCAAAACGUACGAAGUCGAGCACGUCGAGGUCACGUACGAAGAUUUGGAUGAAGUUCGCGAAGAGCUCUCGCGUUUAGACAUGGAAUGGGGAGGGUCUCCGAACGUGCAGUACGUGCGUGGUGGUCGCGGCCGCCCGCACGGUCCUCGCUCCGUCGCGUAA